AUGCACGAAGUGGUCGAGGUUGCCGAGUCAUACGAGGUGACGAAGGAGUUGAUCAACAAUAUUUUGAUAGGGGUACUCCUGAUUGUGCCGUUUUUGGGCGAGGUGGACCUCGUGGCAGAUGCCUUAGUCGGACUAUCACGAGUCAUUACGUUGACUAGCGAUGCGGCGGUGGGUGCCAUAACAACUUAUGCCAACGUGGAAGACCCCAAGAUGGCACCUACACACCAUUCUAGAAACACUCCUGUUUAG